GAGCACCGCCGCGUCGGCGCAGAAUAUAACAUUUUGGCGACGAGGAUGGGAUAUUUGUUUUAAUAUGUAGCAUUUCCUCUUUUGUAACCCGGGAUUCGGGAGGGGGCUUCACUCCGCGUCGCGGGUCAGUGGUUGAGGAAACCGGCGCGUAACUGUAUUCAUGAAAUGUGUUCCUUUUUGUUCCGGGUGAACGGUAGUCAUAUUUUGCGGAAAGGCCGCGUUUGAUGAGUUUCGGGGGGAGGCAUUAGGCCUAGGUUUUCAGUACGUUCCAUUUUCAUCGUGAGAUGACUUCGUCAUCUUCGUCUUCGAGCGGCCCAACGGCGUUCCCGCCGCCGGCUGUCUUUUUGGCAGUGCCCGGUCCGCCGAUAGUAGCUUGGCCGGCAUGGAAGCGUGCUUUUCUGACUUUUCUUGACGCGUCGGCGUUGCAUCUCGUAGAACCGUUCCGAAAAAAAGCCAUCCUGUUUUCGCUGUUGGGCACUGAGGGCCAGCGCAUCGUGGAUGCAUUUCAGCUGUACGAGACGGUUGCGGUGGAGGGGACUGACGAGUUCCAGGUUUUUCUGGAGGCAGUCGAGAAGCAUUUUGAGUUUUCGGGUAGUAUCGCGCUUGAACGCCAGAAGCUGCGCGGUUUGUUCCAACGUCCUGGCCAGUCGGUAACUGAGUUUCUUGCCGUGUUGCGCCAUCAGGCUUCGUUUUGUGCUCUGGGGAACGCGCUCGAUGAAAGACUUUGCGAGGUUUUCUUGGAAGGCCUGGAGUCCAGACGCGUUCAGGAUCGCGUUCUGCAGGAGUGCGAGGGCAGCGAGCUGCCAACGCUGUCGCGGGCUAUCCAGAUCGCUCGCCAGUACGAGCAGAGAGCGAAGACGGCCGCAAGUUUUCGGCGGCGAGAGUCGCAAGUCCCGGUCGCGGCAGAAGUCCAGAUCGAGAAACGUCAAACGGCAGCAACACAAGAUGGCGGCCAAGCGUCGUCUUCUUUCAUCGAGCAUGGGCAAGAUGGCUGCAGCGGCUACCCUCCCUGGCCUCAACCUGGCUACCCCCCGUCGCAGCUUGGACCCAGGAUGCCUUGGGCUCCGGUGGCCUCCGGUCACGUGCCCCGUUUUCCGGCGAGGGUGUUCCAGCCUCAGCGUGGGCGUGAGCCCGCUCCGCCUCGGACGGGUGGGAUCGGAGCAGACGACGCCUGCUACUUCUGUGGACGCCGCCGUCAUGAUCGAGCGGUUUGCCCGGCGUCUCAAGCGACAUGCUUCUUAUGUGGAAAGUGGGGACACUUUGCAGUGGCGUGUCGGAGUCGUCGCCCGCCGGCGGCUGCCUUCACCUACGAUCGGCGACAGGCAUCGUUCCCGGUUCAAGGCCGUGGUACUCGGCGGACCUUCGCCGACAGACAGUUCAGAGGGGACCGGCCCGGCCGGGUGAACGUGGUCGGCCAGUCGCUGUCUCCUGAGGAGCUGCCAAGCGUUAGGCUGACGGAGGAACCUGUGGUCGUCGGGACGGCCGAGCGACGAGAAGGCGGCAGCAUGCGUCGUGACGCCUUCAUGGCCGAGAUCACGCUCACGGAGGAGGAGCAUCACAGCGGGAUGUGAGGCCCAUGCCCAACCCGCAGCGACGACCGUUCACCGCGUCGUCCUGUCAAGCAUCGCAAGUCCCUGGUUCUCGACCAGCGGCAAGUUCCAGACCUUCAUUUGCGGAGAAC